GCACAAAUGUAGCCUAAACGAUCUUCCAACAGGAAUCAUAAUUAAAACAAGCCUGUAUGUUAACACCAAGUCAUCCGAUAAAUUAAAGAGUUCAAUUCUAGCGUCAGGUACUAGUAACGGCACACGGGCUCGGACUGGGAAGAAAAUUCGGCACAACAUACGUGGGGCAAUAUCAGGUUAUUUAUAAUAUGAGCUAAGCGACGGAUAUUAAUUCGGCCCUUUAUAAUUAAUUAUUUAAUUCCUUGUUAUUAAAACUGCAUGGUAAAUUAGUGCUCACUAGUGUUCACUGUAGCAUUCGUGGCUACCCUAUGGAAAUAGCCUAUAUGUUUAGAAAAGCCACGUACACAAAAUCCAUUUCUUUCACUCCCGAAAUUUAUUUAGUCUACAAAGUGACGUUCUUCCAUUCCGUUCCAGUCCGUUUCCAAGGAGAUGUUGAAUCCCUGGUUAGCGUUUUACGUAGUUGCUUACGUGUAUAAGUUCUAGAACGUAAGCUGGGUAUAAAUCUCGUUGUUGCUAAGGGAAAGUCUCAUUUCGUUUUCAGUUCACCAGCGUAAUGUUCUCCCGCGUAAUGUUCUCCCGCGUCCUCAGAUCAGCUGUGAGCAUUGCUCACAGCUUCUGCAGCUCUUCCCAGAGCAACACAAAGGUGGCAGUUUUGGGUGCAUCCGGGGGCAUCGGCCAGCCCCUGUCACUGCUCCUGAAAAAGAGUCCCCUGGUCAGCCAGCUCUCACUUUACGAUGUUGUCCACACCCUCGGAGUGGCUGCAGACCUCAGCCAUAUCGAGACCAGGGCCCAGGUCACUGGCUAUGUCGGCCCAGAGCAACUCCCAGAAGCUCUGAAGGGGAGUGAGGUUGUCCUCAUUCCCGCUGGAGUGCCCAGGAAGCCCGGGAUGACACGAGAUGAUUUAUUUGACAUCAACGCCUCCAUCGUGGCCACCCUGGCUGACGCCUGUGCCCGCAACUGCCCUGACGCAAUGUUAGCCGUGAUCACCAACCCAGUAAACUCCACUGUUCCGAUUGUUUCAGACAUCCUGAAGAAGCAUGGAGUUUACAACUCGAAGCGGGUGUUUGGUGUGACGACUUUGGACAUCGUCAGGGCUAACAGCUUCGUGGCAGAACUCACAGGACUGGAUCCAGCACAAGUCAAUGUUCCCGUAGUUGGUGGCCAUGCGGGCAAGACUAUUAUUCCCCUGCUUUCUCAGUGCACUCCCAAAGUGGAGUUCACUGAGGAUACGCUUGCAGCCUUGACGCACCGUAUCCAGGAGGCAGGCACCGAGGUCGUGAAGGCUAAGGCUGGGGCAGGCUCUGCCACCCUCUCCAUGGCGUAUGCAGGGGCUAGGUUCGCCUUGUCCCUGCUGGAUGCCAUGAAUGGCAAAGAGGGCGUGAAAGAAUGUGCAUUCGUCAGGUCAGAGGAAGGCGAAUGCACGUAUUUCUCCACCCCUCUCCUCCUCGGCACCAACGGAGUGAAGAGGAACCUGGGCCUUGGAAAGCUCUCCGCAUUUGAGGAAAAACUUGUGGCGGAAGCAUCAAAAGAACUAAAGGCCUCCAUCAGGAAGGGGGAGGAUUUUGUGAGACAAAGGGCAACUGAAGGAGAACCACAGUAAAAAUGCAAUGGCAAAUGAUAUUGGAUGAACUGACAGGACCCACAGAGUAAUUGAAAAGUAGUGUAUUUUAUUGUUGUUGCUUUGAAAUGUUCACAGUAAAAUUAUUAUAAAAGUCCAUUAUUAUUUCCGAGCUAUGACCCUCCACGAAAUACUCUUGGAUAAGUUUAUCCGUCAUGGAAGAGCAUAUGAAAACACUAUAUUAGAUACAAGAAAAUCCACUGCAUUUAUACACUUUGGUGUCAUGUUUUACAUAAUGACUGAUUAAUAAACAAUGUAAGAAACUGAAA